CUAGAUCAGCGAAGCCAACUCAAACAUUUACAGUUGUCAGUAAAUUUAGUAAACUACCAGUCACCAUGCCAGUUCAAUUUUACUAUCACCCGAACAGUCCACCAUCUAAGGCUAUUUGGAUGAUUUUGGAGCAUAUGGGAUUGGAUUAUGAGCCUCAUGUGGUGGAUCUUUUCACUGACGAACAUAAAAAACCAGAGUAUCUGAAAAUCAACCCUCUAGCGCAAGUACCCGCUAUCGUGGAUGAUGGGUUUCCUAUGUGGGAGAGUCGAGCAAUGGCCGCCUGGUUGAUCAAUCAAUAUGGAGCACAAUGUAAAAAAUCCAGCCUGUACCCAACCGACGCAAAAUCGAAAGCAAUUGUAGAUAUGGCGUUGUACACUGAUUCUUCCAUCUACGAGGGAAGGCUUCUUCCAUACCUUAACAUCGGAGGUGUGUUCAAGGGAGAGGGAAUUGCAGAAGAUAAGAUUGAUGAUCUCAAGGCUGGUUUAAAAAUGUACGAAUACGCUCUCAGCAAACAUAAGUUUAUGGCAGGAGAUCACCUGACAAUUGCAGAUUUUUCGGCUUUAAAUUCAAUGUACGUCUUGUCGUACGUCGAGUUCAAAGGUUGGAGCGAUUACCCGAACAUUUCGAGAUGGUUUGAGAAAGAAAUGAAAGUGCUUCCUUGCUUUGCUAAAUGUAUCCAAGAGCCAAAAGACGUUUUUAAGGAAAUGUAUCAAGGAGCGCUUGCAGCUAGGAAACAAUCUGAAGCACCAGCUGAGACUCCUGAACCAGAAGCUAACACCACCGAACAGAGCACAGAGACGAAUGACCAGCAAUCCGCAUGAUAACCUACAAACUCUUUUACCAAACUGUCAGUAAUUUGAUACAUUAUAUUUUCAUCAUUUACUUUGCGCUUUUACAGAAUAAUCAUGGUCGAUAAUUAAUCAGAAUGAAUUAGGAUAUAUAUCAGCUCGUUUCAUAUAUGGACGAAUAAUAAAUAGAACGGACAUUUUA